GUAUUAAGAAAAUUGAUCAAAACCUACGGGUUUGGCUAUGUUUUCAAUGAUCAAAUUGCAAUGGGUUCCUAACCCGUAGCUGACGUAUUUUAUAUUUAUAUGAAAUAGAAAUUGUACAGAUUUAAAGCUAUAAGAGUACAUAUUAGCAGUGUUUAUUUUUAUUUAUUAUUAUUAAAAAUAGUUCAUGAAGUUAAAAUAAUGUCAUUCGAGUACUUGCCCGUAGCCGAAGACGAAAAUGAAGAACCCAUAGAACUUCCAAUCGAAGAAGAUGGGACUUUGAUGUUAACCACGGUAUCUGCGCAAUUUCCUGGCUGUUGUGGUCUAAAAUAUCGCCAUCCAGAAAGCAAAACCUUUCGAGGUAUCAGGCUCAGAGACGGCAGAUUGUAUCCACCACCAGAAGGCUGGGGUAAUCAUCUUUACAUCUGCAGUUUCCCCAAGGAAAAUAAACGCAAAUCUGGUGAAAACUCCGAAACGUCCUCUAUCAAAAGUAAAAGAAACGAUAACCUCUGCUCCGAUUUAAUAGUUUUAGGAUUGCCAUGGAAAGCCACGGAACAAACUGUGCGCGAAUAUUUCGAGAAAUUCGGUGAAGUAUUGAUGGCACAACUGAAGAGAGACCCGAAAACCGGUAUGUCGAAGGGUUUCGCCUUUAUUAGAUUUUCGUCUUAUACAUCUCAGAUGAGAGUUUUGGCUCAGAGACAUAUGAUAGAUGGGCGUUGGUGUGAUGUACGAAUACCGAACUCCAAAGAAGGGUCAGUGACAUCAUUGCCAUGCAAAGUUUUCGUCGGAAGGUGUACUGAAGAUUUAUCGGCCAAUGAUUUGCGAGAAUACUUUUCCCAAUUCGGUGAAGUGACAGAUGUAUUCAUACCUAAGCCGUUCAGAGCCUUCAGUUUUAUAACAUUCUUAGACCCUGAAGUGGCCCAGAGCCUGUGUGGCCAAGAUCAUAUCAUAAAAGGGGUGUCGGUGAAUGUCUCCAAUGCAUCUCCAAAACAAAAUAAAAGUGGCUCCAACCAGAGGAACUUGCCCAGCCGCAACUAUGACGAGGGACACCCUCAUAGUGCUUCAAAUAACAACUCGUGGAGUAACCGCAACAUGGAUAUGGUAAGUAUGCAAGCCUUGGGCUUGUCCGGUCAACACGGGCAAACUGCCGUCGCCGGAGGAGGAGGCCAAGGUCAAGGCAGCAGCAUGCCUUUGGGAAUGGGUGGCCUACCGGUUAAUCAAGCACUUGUAGCGGCAGCAUUAAAUCAGGCAGGAUGGGGUCUCAUCAACAACAUACCAUCGGGAGGUUCGGACCAGGGUGCUUUUGCUGGACCGGCGUCCUCGGCUCCACCUGCCCCACCCAAUUUCUUGUCAUGGAUGCAACAAGGUAAUUCUGCGCAGGGACCUUCUAGUCAGUGGGGGCAGAGACAUCAAUCACAAGGCCACUCUGUUUGAUCCGGUGUUUGAUUUAAUAAGCUCACAAUAAUCUCUGUGAUUGUAGCAAGAAUUAGAUAAUUAUUUGUCAUUAUCUACACUACCGUUGGGUUGUUCUGGUAAAGAGUGGUUUGUUGCUGAUGUUAUUAAUUUAUUAUGAAUUUGCUUGUGUUUGUUGUUUUUCUUGACACUUUAUUGUUACAAUUGCAUAGUUAAUGAUGAGAAAGAUUUUUGUAGUAGUUAGUUCUCUGUUUUUUUUAUGAUCAUGAUGUAAUUGUUGGUGUGCUUAAUCCUUGACACAAAUCAUUGAAUAGUUUUUAAUCCCCUAAUGCAACGAUGCCUUACAUCUCCAGCUUAGAAAGUAAAUACUGCUUCAUUUUGCAUAAUAAUCCUUUUUAAUAUUCAGAAACACAAUUUUAUUAAUUUCUGAUGUAAAUUUGAAACAUAUUAGUGUUAGAGACUGGUCUGGUAUGAAAUGAGAUUGUCAAGGUAUAAAAAUAUAUAUAAUAUGUAUACUAUAAUAUUGUAAUUAACAUCAGUCUUGUGUCAUAUAAUAUACUUUUAACAUUAAUUGAUGUGAAAUUAUCAAAGCUGUUAUGUUAAUUUUAUAAAACAUUGACUAAUUUGGGUGUAGUGUUCUUUAUUACUUUUCUAUUUAACCAAGUAAAAUAGCAGUUUAUUUUUAUAUCCAUAAGUUUUCUACUCCAAGAGGUUUUAUAAAACCUUAAAAUCCAAAAUGUAAGUUGUACCUUGAAUAGAUUAAGUGUACUUCUGUGCUUUGUACAUUAAUAGGUAUAUGUUUACUACAGACUGUUGAAUGUUCAUAAAUGUAUAGAGAAAGAUAGAAGUCUAUUGAUUGUUAUCAUUGUUUAUCCAAUAACGUUGAAUAUUAUAAAUUUAUUGUGCAUGUUUCCUCGGUAAAUGUGGCUUAUAAAUUAUAAUUAAUAUGGAUGUCUAUUUUUGACAAACGAAAGAAUAAAUAUUUUUGUGACAAAGGCAAAGUAGUGUUUGUUGAAUGGGUACCUAAUUUAGCGUAAGUAAAUCCACUGGCAUAUACGAGUGUAUAUAAUGCAGAUCAAACUAUAAA